AUGAGUCAAGUCUCGCUUCGAGACAGCGGACGCUCAAUAGGAGAUCACGAUGCGUCAGGCUCGACCGUCGUGAGCACUGCUGUACACAGUCGCUCUCCAAGCUUUACAAACAAGGAGCACAGCCCAAUCCCAAAGGAACUUUCCGACACGGCCACUAUUGCAGAGGAAGUCUCCGCUUUUGAGACAGAUCUCAAGAAUUACCAGGCUGGCCUCGCCACACGAGGCAUCCCACCCACCCGUGACCUCUCGCUGGCAUGGGACCACCUCUCAGUGCGUGGCAUCGGCGGCGCGGACGACGUCGUCUUCGCCCCAGACCUCGGGAGCAUCUUCAUGCCAUGGACGGUCGUCAAGCAGAAGAAGAGGACGGAGCGGCUCAUGGCCGCGCUGCGCGAGAAGCAGCCCGUCGCCGGCCAAGACACCAUGAGCUACCAGAAGGGCAUGCCUAUCCCGAAGAAGGGCGAGCCUGGUCUGCGCAAGGGCGAGCGCUACCUCCUCAAGGACUUUAACGGGUUGCUCAGGCCCGGAGAGAUGAUGCUCGUUGUCGGCCGCCCUGGAUCAGGAUGUACGACGUUCCUCAAGUCGCUCGCGGGCUUGACAUCGAGUUAUGCGGGCACCGAGGGCGGCGUGUACUAUGGCGCACUUGAGGCUGGGUCCAAGGCAAUGCGGCCGCUUCGGGCAGAUGUGUCGUUCAACUCGGAGGAGGACUUACAUGACCCCAACCUCCUGGUUGGGCGGACGAUGGACUUUGCGCUCCGCAACGAGACCCCUGCGCCGGCUGCUCGGCCUCUCGGCGACAACGGCAAGCCCAUCAGCGCCAAGGAAUACCAGGACAAGACAAAGCACGACCUCCUCCGCGCGUUUGGUAUCGAGCACACGCUCAACACAAAGGUUGGCGACCAGUAUGUCCGCGGUGUCUCGGGUGGCGAGCGCAAACGUGUCUCGCUCGCCGAGGUCCUCACGACCAACGCUCAGAUCCAGUGCUGGGACAAUGCGACUCGUGGUCUCGACGCAUCGACCGCACUCGGAUUCGCGCGCGUCUGCCGCACUCUCUCCGACGUGACAAACCGCAUCAACGUCGUCUCACUCUACCAGGCCGGUAACGGAAUCUACAACCUCUUCGACAAGGUGACUGUUAUCGCCGAGGGUCGCCUCCUUUACUAUGGCCCGCGUGCCGAGGCACGCCCGUACUUUGAGGCCCUCGGUUUCGAGCACAUGGAAGGCGCCAACACGGCCGACUACCUGACUGCCGUGACUGCGCUCAACGAGCGCCAGAUCAUCCCUGGCUUUGAGGGCCGUGUUCCCUCCACGGCUGCCGAAUUUGCCCACAUUUACCAAAACAGCGACGUCGCGCGUCGCAUGCGCGCCCAAGUCGACGCGUACCUCGCCGACAAGCCUUUGCGCGAUGCGGAGACGGCCAGCGCGCGAGAGUGGGACGCUCUCGUCAAGGCCAAGGGUACGAUCAAGAGCCUGCCGCAAAAGGUGUCGUUCCUGGCCCAGAUCAAGGCCGCCGCCAUCAAGGACGCCCAGCAGCGCUGGGGUGACCAGUGGUCACUUUGGGCUCGCCAAGCUACGACUCUCAUCCAGGCCUUGUUCAACGGCUCAGUGUACUAUGCUCUUCCCCAUACUACGGCCGGACUGUUCCUUCGUGGUGGUCUGCUUUUCAUGCUCGUCCUCUUCCCGAUCAUCCUGUCUUUCGCCGACGUUCAGUCGGCGUUCGUCGGCCGCUCCGUCCUCGCCAAGCACAAGGCUUAUUCCAUGUACCGCACCAGCGCCGUGCUCGCGGCGCAGACACUUGUCGACCUGCCGAUCUUCUUCGUCCAGAUCUUCCUCUACGUCCUCGUCUCCUACUUUAUGGCCAAGCUCAAGAUGGACGGCGGCCUCUUCUGGAUCGCCUUCCUCUUCUCAUGGCUGUCGGCACUGUCCAUGACCACCCUCUUCCGCACGAUCGGCUACGCUUUCGACACCUACAACGACGCGUCCAAGAUCUCGGGUACCGUGUUCACGCUGUUUGUGCUGUACGGCGGCUUUGUCGUCUACCAGCCAUCCAUGCACCCCUGGUUCUCGUGGAUCCGCUGGCUCAACCCGACGUACUAUGCACUCGAGCCCCUCCUCUCGGGCGAGCUUGAGAACCUCGACCUUUAUUGCUCGCCGCCCCAGCUGGCUCCCUACGGCCCGGGCUACGACGGCAUGCCUCAGUCGUGCGCGAUCGUCGGCAGCUCUCCCGGCUCUACAAUGGUCAGCGGCACUGUGUACUCGCACCAGGCACUCGAGUUUUUUACUUCCCAUCGCUGGCGCAACUUUGGCAUCAUCAUCGCUCUCUGGAUGGCAUUCCUCGUUCUCGGCAUGUUCUUCCUCGAGCGUCUUCCCGCUGCUGGUAGCACGCAGGGAGUGACGCUGUACAAGCGCGGUGGCGGUGGUGCGUUCAUCAAGGCUGCCCAGAAGAACGGCACCCUCCCACGAGACGAGGAGGAGGGCGGCGAGGCCGCUGUCACGACCGAGAAGCCGCACGGUGCGGAUACUGGCGUGGAUGAGAUUACCGGCAGCGGCACCACGUUCACCUGGAAGGACAUCAACUACACUGUGCGGCACGAGGGCAAGGACCUCCAGCUUCUCCGGAACAUUAGCGGUUACUGCAAGGCCGGCACGAUUACUGCACUCAUGGGCUCGUCUGGCGCUGGCAAGACUACGCUCAUGGACGUCCUGGCUGCGCGUAAGAGUGAGGGCGAGAUCACUGGCGAGGUGCUGCUCAACGGCUCGCCGCUGCCUAUCUCGUUCCAGCGUACCACCGGCUACUGUGAGCAGUUGGAUGUGCACCUCCCCCAGUCGACUGUGCGUGAGGCGCUCGAGUUCUCUGCGCUCCUCCGUCAGCCCCGCCAAUACUCGGACAAGGAGAAACUCGCGUACGUCGACACGAUCAUCGAGCUCCUCGAACUCCAGGACCUCGAGGAUGCCAUCAUCGGCCAGCCCGGUGCCGGUCUGGGUGUCGAGCAGCGCAAGCGCCUCACUAUCGGUGUCGAGCUCGUGGCCCGCCCCACCCUUCUGUUCCUGGACGAGCCGACUUCGGGUCUCGACGGCCAGUCCUCCUUCCUCAUCGUCCAGUUCAUGCAGAAGCUCGCGGCAGCUGGCCAGUCCAUCGUAUGUGUCAUUCACCAGCCCAGCGCCGCUCUCUUCGCUGGCUUUGACAACCUCCUUCUCCUCAAGGCUGGUGGGCGUACGGUCUUCUUCGGUGCAGUCAAGGAUGUUCCCGACUACUUUUCGCGCAACGGCGUUGAAUGGCCCAAAGACGUCAACCCCGCCGAGUUUAUGAUCGACGUUGUUUCCGGCGACCUGAGCAAGGGCCGCGACUGGCACGAGGUCUGGCUGGCGAGCCCGGAGCGUGACCAGAUGAUGAGCGACAUUGAGAUUGUCAACGAGGAAGCCGCUCGCAAUGCCACCACGACCGAGGAGGACAACCACCGCUUUGCGUCUAGUUUCUGGACCCAGCUCCGCGUCGUUGUCCACCGCUGCAACGUCCAGCUGUACCGCGACACGGAAUACGUCAUGAACAAGUUUAUGCUUCACAUCAUGACGGGUCUGAUUGUCGGCUUUACCUUUUGGAAGAUUGACAACUCGUUUGCCGGCCUCAAGGACAAGGUGUUCAGCAUCUUCCAAUUCGUCUUUGUCGCGCCUGGAGUCAUCGUCCAGACGCAGCCCAAGUUUAUCGCCAACCGCGACAUCUUUGAGAAACGCGAGCGCAAGUCGAUGCUCUACUCGUGGAAGGUCUUUGUGCUGGGCGAGAUCAUUGCCGAGUGGCCAUACCUCGUCAUCUGUGCCUUGCUCUACUGGGCGACGUGGUACCCCACCUCGGGCUUCUCGAUGGCAGCUGGUGCGGCCGGCCCCGUCUUCCUAGUCAUGGUCUUUUACGAAUUCCUCUACACGGGUAUGGGUCAGUUCAUUGCGGCCUACGCUCCCAAUGCCGUCUUUGCCGCCAUGGUUCUCCCGCUCUUCAUCUCGAUCCUCGUCACAUUUGCCGGUAUCAUGAUCCCAUACCCUGCAAUCACGGCGUUCUGGCGGUACUGGCUCUACUACCUCGACCCAUUCACAUACCUCAUGCAGGGCCUGCUCACGUUCCCGAUCUGGAACGAGCCGGUCCAGUGCAAGAGCUUUGAGUAUGGAUACCUCGACCCUCCAGCUGGCCAGACGUGUGGACAAUACUUUGAGUCGUUCCUCCAGCACGCGACUGGGUACGUCAACAACCCCGACGCCACGAGUGGAUGCGAGUACUGCGGAUACUCGAAGGGAUCAGAGUACCUGGCCUCGUUGAACAUUACGCGCUACAUUGAUGGGUGGAAGGGAGCGCUCAUUACGCUCCUGUUUGUCAUCUCGUCAUACGCCUUUGUCUUCCUCCUCCUCAAGCUGCGUUCCAAGGCCACCAAGACGGCCAGCAACUAG